AUGAAAAGAAAAGCAGAAGUUUGCCCAGGAGAGAGUGGGUUUUCCAAAUUACAGGAUCUUAAAGAUUCUGCAGCUUUUCAUAAAGUCUUCCUUGAAGAAAUACAGCUUGGUGAAGAGUUACUACCUCAAGGCAAACUUGAGAAAGCUGCAGACCAUCUGACAAAUGCAAUUGUUGUGUGUGGACAGCUGCAUCAGUUGCUGCCUGUGUUAACAGCAAAUUCUUCUACCACAGGUGUUGCAGAUCUUCAAAGCCCUGAUGAAGGUUUUCAAGGCAAAUCUCUUUACGAGAGCUGGAAUAAAAAGAGUUCUUCACCUGAGUUCAGUGGCAUGCCCAGGAUUAGUAAAUUGGGGUCUGGUAAUGAUUAGGUGUUCUUCCAAAGACUCGGAAUUGCUUCAGGCAGAGCAUGAUAUACUAAAGAUUGGAAAACACACAAAUUCAGCAGCUAUCCAUUGUAUCAUAGUGUCUAUGAAACAUAUGAGUUGGUGGAAACAUUUUAUGAUCCAACAUUUAAAUAUUACCUCAGCAUGGCCCAGGUUCAAGAAGGGAUGGUGUUUGAAUUGGCCAAUUCCAUAGUGCUUCCUUUUGACUGUCGAKAUUAUGCUGUAGUUUUAAAAAAGCAUGCUGACAAAAUCUAUGAUAUUUCAAUGAAACAUCCACAGGAAAUGAAAACAUACAGUGUAUCAAUUGAUGCACUAUUUUCUGCAGUAAAGAAUUUUACAGAAAUUGCUUCUAAGUUCAGCAAGAGACUUCAAGAUUUAGACAAAAGCAA